CAGAUGCAUUCAUAAUAUGACGGCAUUUUCAAAAUAACUCUCCAAAAUAAUAAGAGUAAACUGUACGCAAAUAUUCAAGCACUUCACAACUUACAAGGCUUCAUUGAUUUUUGUUUCGUCGUCUGCGAGGACCGUUUGACUUUGGCAAAAAGAAUCUGUUAUAUUUUUCUUUUUCUCAUGAGCCUGGACGACAAACUCACCUUGAUUUUAUACUGUCUGAUUUGGGAAAACCCUGGAAGAAACUUGAUUGAAAUAGAUAUUGCAAGAAAGAAAGAAAAUGUUUGGGUUGCGUGGGAUGCGCCUUCGCACCAAAUAAACAUCAACUGAAACAUUUGUUUUUCUUGCAACAAUCACUUUAAAAAUAUAUACACACGACAUUGGAAAAAGCGAAGUUUCCCGCCAAGCCGGUUAUUGAGUCCCACUUUUCAGAACGUGUCGUUCUGAUGACUUAGCCAGAAUGGAUCAUUCUUAAGAUAAAUCUUAAAAAUCUCUUUAUCAAAACAAUGUACGAACCUCGAAUACUUGAUGAUGACAAAGCAAUUGGCAUCAUCCUUGGGCAUGCCGACACACAGGUAUACUUGAAUCGAACAAAGGCCAAGAGCAAGGUGUCCAAAUCACCUAUCAUCAGAAAAGCACAGAAGAAGCCUCCUCAUUGUCUCUCACGUCCCCCAAUCUUGCCCAAAAGUGACAAAAUGAAGCGAGAAAUUCUUCAAGGGCCUUGCCUCAGGAGUUGCUUCGUCGUAUCUAUCUUCUUCAGCAUCGUCGGGAUCGCACUGGUUGUCGCCGGCACGGUCAUGCUCACCAGACCACGUUCAUCGUCAUCGCCGUCAUCGUCGGGCAACAACCACCAGUGGAUGCUCAUAUUGGGGUUACUGACGGUCUUUGUGGCAAUUGCUUGUUACCUGUGUCUUCGGAACUACUGCGUCUACCAUCUAGGAGAAGCUCCUGUCAAGGUGUUGUCCAUUGAAGGGGAAGAACUGAAAGGUUGUCAAUACCAAGUGGUGAAGAACAUGAAGAAUAUGGAGGAUAGUGAGAAGGGACACACUGAGUCAGAGACUGCACCACAUCUGCAGGCAGAUGAAACACAAGAUAUGGAACUUAAAGAAGUCUCGGAUGAAGAGGAGAGUGACAUCUCCACAAGGGUAGGACAUACGACCAACUAUGUCAGUCUCACAUUGAUAGAAGGGCAAAGGAGAGAGUCCGUAUCUCUGCCAAUUCACUCUGACACAGAAUGUCAUCUCGAUGACCAUCUCGACGUCGGGUUCCAAAUAGAGCUUCGAAGGAUGUCCAAGGUUUCGCAGGUUUAG